AUCUGCUUCAGUGGUUUAGUUCAGCUCAGUUCAGUUCAGGGUCUGCGCUGCAUACCGGUGGUCUAAUACUGCGUCUUGGGGGGGCGACUAGCUGAACUCCCUGUGUUGUUUUUUUGGAGACGUUACCGAAGCCUGAAGAAGUGAAACCCGGUCUGUAAAUAUGUAACCGUUACCGUUUCGGUCUGUUAACGUUAGUGUUUCCACCGGGAGAAGGAAGAUGGACACCAACAAGAAGAAGUUGUGUCUCGGCGGUUUGCUUUGCUGGUCGCUCCUGGUCGAGCUGGCGUCGGGAGCUUCCUUCUAUGGCGAUGGCUUUGUACAGCUCAAGGCAACAGAGUCGUCCGACCAUAACACGCUCCGCAUUCGCUUCCGAACCUCCAGCACCAGUGGCCUGCUGUUUCUUGCCACUGGCCAUACUGACUACUUCCUACUAGAGCUCCAUGCUGGUCGCCUGCAGCUGAAACUGGACUUCGGAUCUGGGGAGCAAGUGUUACAGUCAGAAAGAGGCACUCAGCUCAACGACCUGGCAUGGCACUCUGUGGAGGUCCGCCAUGUGCAGAUCAAUGUCACUUUGACUGUAGAUAAGAACUCUCACACAAGUGUAAAGAUGCUGGGCUCCCAUCACGAUCUUAACAUCUUGGAUGGUCUUUAUGUCGGAGGGUCAGGCGGCCUGGACAGACCUUACCUCCCUAGAGACUCAGUCGGCUUUCGAGGCUGCAUGGAUGACGUGGUCUUCAACGAACACGACUUGCUGUCAUCACUGAGGCCGUAUACUGGAUUCAAGAAUGUCCAUGAGGUGUCUUUAGGUUGUAGUCCCCAAUUCUUUGCCACUGAAGAGGACGCGAUCAGCUUCUUCAGCUCCAGGGCCUACAUUUCCCUUCCACCCUGGAAUGCCCAGCAGGAAGCGGUAUUCCAGUGUGUUGUGCACACUUCAGCCAAAGAGGGAAUAAUCCUGUACAAUUCUGCCAGAGAGGGGGACUUUGUGGCUGUUGAAAUUCAGGAAGGUUUGCCAGUUGCCAUUGUUGGUAAAGGUGGGACCAAAACAGAGCUUCGGUCACUCACAUUUAUCAAUGACAAGAAAUGGCAUACAGUCAAGGUGCACUUCAGUUCUAAAGGUCUUGAGCUAACUGUUGAUGGAGAGAUGGUGAAAAGCAGCAUUAGCUCUCGUUCAAAGGGGCUGCAGCUAAAAGGCUACCUUUUUGUUGGAGGUAUUGAUGACAGCACCAGAUCAGAAGUCAGAAAGGUGGGGCUGGUGUCUGUGUCUGGAAAGCGUGUGCGUGGAGGCUCCUUUAAGGGAUGUUUGAAGAACAUUGAAGUCAACGGAGUGAAGAUGGGUCUCUCCAAUGCUGUAGUCACCAAGGAUAUCUCAGUUGGUUGUGAGCCAGAGAAAGAACUAGAACCAUUGACCACUGUGAGUCCAACGAGUGCUCCAGGAUCCCUAUUUCACUUGGUGACACCAACACCUUCACUACACAUGUCAACACUUGCAAGGGGCUUGGACAGAAGGUAUGGCUCUAAUUUUGUGCAGCUAAAAAAUCUUGUGGUCCAAGAGGGUGGUCGAGCAUCUCUCGAGGCCAAACACAUCAAGGUACUCUUGGACUUCAAGAAGCUUGGCAUUCGACAGUCUCAGAUCAUGUUCCGAAUUCAGGAUCAACCAAUGCGUGGUCAAAUAAGGCUUGAUGUCGAUCAGGACCAAGAUGAGAACACCUUCAGCAUGUUGGACCUUUGGCAUGGACGAGUAAUGUACAUCCACGGAGGCUCUGAAGAUCCGGAUGACUUCUUCAUGUUUUCAAUUUAUUCCAGCAGCAGAAAACAAGUUCCUGAUUAUCUGAAGGACAACAAAUUGUACCGCUACAAUAUCACUGUCACACCCACCAAUGACGCGCCUGAAUUGAGUCUUCCUGAAGGAAAUCUUUUUGUUCUGUUGGAAAACUCAAAGAAACGCCUCACCACGGAUGUUCUGAAGGCCACAGACAUUGACAGCAACUACACUGAUCUUGUCUUCUCUGUGCUAGGUAACCUGAAUGCAGAUGCAGGAUAUUUGGAAAUUGAAAACAACCCAGGCACUGCAGUGACCUCAUUCUCUUAUUCAGACUUGGAGGAACUGAGGGUGUACUAUGUUCACAAGGGGGUUAGAAACUCAAGGAUAGUGCUUAGAGUUAGCGAUGGGGAGAAGGUCAGCAACACUGUGGUCUUAAGGGUCAUGGCUGUAGCGCUUGAGUACAAGAUUGCCAACAACAGAGGCCUGGAGAUCAUUCAAGGAGAGACCGCUAUAAUUGGAUCAAACCAACUGGCCGUGCAAACCAAUGCUGUGAAACAAAUUGUAGACAUCCGUUAUGAUAUCAUUGAACCUCCGCAGUAUGGAGAGCUCCAGAGACUUCACUCAAGCGGUGAAUGGAGAUCUACCGACUCGUUUUCCCAAAGGCUUCUAGAAAAAGAGCGCCUGAGGUAUGUUAGCACGUUUCAAGAAAUCCAGACAUCUAAUGUCACAGAUUACUUUAAGUGCAAAGUCAAUGUAGCUGCAAGGGCAACCACUGAAAUACUCUUCCCAAUCACUGUGAAGUGGGUGAAGUACCACCUGGUGAAGAAUGCAAUGAUAGACAUGGAUAAAGUUAGAAAAGUGACACUGGACUCAGAGAAUCUUUUUGCUACAGCUGAAGGUGUGGUCCUCUCAGAGGAUGACCUUUACUAUAGGGUUCUCACCACACCAAAGAAAGGAAAACUCCUGCUGGACACCACAGUUUUAAAGAAGAACUCAACCUUUAGCCAAAGCAAUGUCACAGAUCUCAAAGUACAUUAUGAGCUAGUCGACAGGCCUUAUGAAGAUACAAGUGACAGGUUCAAAUUUCAGCUGGUUUCCAAACAUGCUCAGUCACAAAACUAUGAUUUCCAGUUCUUGAUUAAAGCUGAUGUUAACAGUGUGUUUAUGAGAAAUGAUGGACUCGCUCUUCAGGAGGGAGAAAGUAAAUUGAUCACAAAAGAUGAGCUUUUCGCCGAGACGUUGAGCACAAAGGAUAUGUACUACACUGUCAUAAGCAGCCCCAAACAUGGAAAGCUAGCCCGUAUUAGUCAGUCAAAUUCUAAUGCUAGCUACAACAACAUCUUAACCUUCAGUAAUCAAGAUAUAUUAGAGGAACGGAUAAUGUACAUCCAUGAUGACAGUGAGACUACUCAGGAUGAGUUCACGCUCAUAGCCUCCACCAGCAAAGGGUUCAAAUCUUCCAUCACAGAGGAUGAAAUAGGCACCAAAGAAGGAACGUUCAACAUAUCCAUUCAGCUUGUCAACGACCAGAAGCCAGUACGUGUCAUUGAUAAAGUUUUCCAGGUAGUAAGAGAUGGACAGAGGUUACUCACUUCAGAUGAUUUGCGUUAUCAUGAUUCAGACUCUGAUUUUGAUGACGGCCAGUUGAUUUACACCCGCCGCGGAAUCCCAAUGGGAGACCUGGUGCUGGUAAAUGACACUACUCAUCGACUGUUCCAGUUUCGCCAAAAGGAUUUAGAAGAAAAGCGAGUGUUGUUCAUUCACAAAGGUGUAAGCACAGGCAGGUUUGUGCUCUUUGUCUCUGACGGCAAACAUUUUGUAUCAAGUCUUUUAGACAUCAGUGCACAUGACCCUUUCUUGAAGGUUGGCAACAACACUGGCUUACUGGUUCAGAAGGGACAAUCAGUGACCUUUUCCACCACUAAUUUUAGUGUCAUAUCAAAUCUGGACAUCAGAGAUGACCAGGAAGUCACGUUCAAGCUGAUUGAGGCUCCUAAGUAUGGAAGACUUUAUCGCAAUGAAACAAUGUUGGAGUCAUUCACACUGUCUGAUCUCAAGAAUGGGCUCAUAUCUUAUCAGCACAAUGACAGCAAACAUCUGGCAGACUCUUUCAACUUAACAGUGAAAACUAAAGGCCUUCAACUUGCAGUGAGGAUCAAUGUGAAGGUUUACCUGGAAAGUCAUCAGAGGCCACCCAUUGUGCAGCAUCACAACACCUUACUGGUGGAGGAGGGAAAACCAGUUAAGAUUGGUGAAACUAAACUAGAGGUCACUCACGAGGACAACCUGCCAUCUGAGAUUGUAUUCACAGUCAAGGCGGCCCCCUCUCAUGGCUUUCUCCAGCGUUUUGUGGAAGUGGAGGAGCGUUACGUCGGAAGCAAACAAUCUCCUGUCAAGACAUUUACCCAAGAGGACAUUAACAGCGGGAACAUUCAGUACAUGCAGGUGGAUCCCAACAAAGUCAACGACACCUUCAUCCUCGAUGCAACCAACGGGGUCACUGACGUCAACGACAUUAGGGUGUCUGUUGACAUUAUCCCACGCCUCAUCCCACUUCUGGUCUCCAAUUUCACGUUGAACGAGGGCGCCUCCAAGGCACUGACCCAGGAAGUGCUAAAAGUCACCAACCGACACUUUUCUGGAAUCAACUUCCUGUAUAGUCUGACUGAGCCCCCGAAGCAUGGUCACAUUGAGCACUCUCGACAUCCCGGAGUUCCCAUAACCUCUUUCACCAGGAGACAGGUGGAACAUGAAUUUAUUUACUACGUACAUGACAGCAGCGAAACCGUAGCUGACAACUUCACUGUGGUGGCCAAUGACACAGGCCUGAGGAAGCAGAGUGCGGCGCAGACGGUGUACAUCCAGGUUACAGCUGUCAAUGAUGAGCCUCCUGUUAUUACAGCCAACAGGGUCCUCAGGGUUUGGGUGUCCUCAGUGACAGAGAUCAGGCUGGAGGACCUGAGAGCGCAGGACAUGGAUACACCCCCAGAGGAGCUCCACUUCAUGGUGACCCCACCCAGCAACGGACACCUGGCCCUGAAGAGCGCCCCCAUGAAGGCAGUGCUUAACUUCACCCAGGCCCACAUAGACCAGGGGCAGCUGCUGUUCGUUCACAAAGGUGCCAUGUCAGGAGGAUUCAACUUCCAAGUCAACGACGGUGUGAACUUUACUCCCAGGCAGAUCUUCAGCAUCACUGCCAGAGCCUUGGUUAUCACUUUAGAAAGAAACCGUCCACUCAAGGUGUUUCCAGGCUCUUCAACACCAAUCUCAAAUGAGGAUUUACAAGCAGUGACCAAUGACAUCAGCAACACCUCCAACCGCAUCAUUACAUUCAGUGUGAUUCGGCAACCUAAACUGGGGCGUCUGGUGUCGAGGCAGCCUGAUAAUUCCACAGUGGACAUCUCCACUUUCACACAAGAUAUGGUGGACAGGAAAGAGGUUGUGUACAUUCAAACUCCCAUCGAGUCAGUGGGCUGGGAAGCCAUGGACUCCAUGACCUUCUCUGUGGCAUCACCGCCUGCUUCUCUGGACAGCCAGACCUUCAAAGUAGCCAUCUCCUAUGAGAACACCGGACCUGAACACAACACAGUCCUGCUUGCAAACACAGGUGCUGAGGUAACAGAAGGGGAGAGUGUUGUCAUUGAUGAGUCCAAGCUGGACGCCACUAACCUGAUGUCCAGGCUGCCGACGCCUCAGCGAAGCUCCCAUGAGGUCUGGUUCCAAGUGACAUCUCUGCCUCAGUAUGGUGUCAUUGUGGUGGGUGAAAGAAACCUCACCAAGGAAAAACCUAACUUCUCUCAGUUCAUCGUCAACAAAUAUGGUAUCACCUACAAGCAUGACAACUCGGAGACAACUCGUGAUUUCUUUGCAUUCAGUGCAUGGAUAAAUCCAAAGGGCAAAACAGCGCAACGUCCUCUAGAUGACAGUGAUGUUAUUGAGGAGCGUUUCAACAUUACAGUCACACCUGUGAACGAUCAGCCACCUUUGCUAAAGACCAAAGCGCCGAGUUUGACAGUUGUACAAGGAGAUACAGUCGCCCUUAGACCUGAGAACCUCAAAGUUGAAGACAUAGACAAUCCCCCUGAUGAAAUUAUGUUCUCUGUGAUUAGCAAGCCAAACAAUGGCUACCUCGCUCUUGAAGGGAGUUUGAAUGAGUCGAUUGUGGCCUUCACUCAAGCCCAAAUCAAUAACGGAAGUGUUUAUUUCAUCCACGAUGGAAGCCCUGCCUCAGGGGUGUUCUACUUCAGUGUCACAGAUGGCCAUCAUAAACCAAUUUACAAACUCUUCAACCUAGAAGUGACAGAGAUCACCAUCUCUCUGGUCAAUUACACCGGAUUGACACUAGAGCAAGGCAAGACUUCAGUAUCACUGACUGGAGACAAUCUUGCUGCCAAGACUAAUGGGAAAAACACUACAAUUCACUACCAGAUUACCAUGCCUCCACAUUUAGGCAAACUUCUAAUGGACAACCAAGAGGUUACACAGUUUGAACAGGAAGAUUUACAGACUGGAAGGCUGUCCUACCAUAUGACUUCCCUUUCCUCUGCAGACAGCUUUGAGUUUACUGCUUUCACUUCUGAGGCAAACCUGACUGCCCAAGUGUUUAACAUCACUGUCAGACCUUUGAUCCAAGUUGGCAAAGGUUUGAGGAUACCAAAUGAGAUUACUGUCAAACUAAACACUGGAUUCCUUAAUGCUUCUAAACUGGCUAAUAUCAGCGGUAGUGAUCCUGUAUUUGAAAUUAUCUCCCAUCCAAAGUACGGCAAGGUGAUUCAGACAAAACCUAAAAUGUCCAAGAAAGCUGUACCCGCUAAGUCCUUCACUUUUAAGGAUGUGAUGCAAGAGAAGGUUGCUCUGGAGCUAAAUGCCAACAUGACUGGAGUUCAAGAGCUAAAUGAUUCAUUUGUCUUUGUACUGAAAGCUGAUAACGUGCAACCUGCUAAAGGGGAGAUCCACUUUACCAUUGUGCCAUAUGAUUCGGCACUUUUUCCAACCACAAAGACUCCUAUCCCAACCACAUCAUCUGCCCCUCAGACACCAAUCCAAACAUCCAGAAAUGGAACUGCUUCACCGGUCCUGUCUACAGCUUUCCUUUCCACCCAGCAACCAAGCAAAAACCAACAGAAGUUCAAUGGACGUAACCGCUGGGGAAACUCCAACAGAACUAGCAUCUUCAGUACGACUCUUGGCAAACCAACGCGUGGAGCGGAGGAUUUUCACUUCAGGAACACACCAGUUCGUGUGGAGUCAUAUCCUCAAAAAAGCUCCAACCCACUCCUGGUGAUCUUACCACUGCUGGCCCUGCUGCUGCUUGUGAUCAUCUUUGUAGUGCUGGUUGUCUUUCUUCGACACCACAGGCAAAGGAAGCAGAGCACCACCACACCAAAAGAGCCACCCUCUGGUUUUACAAGCAGUCAGUCCCACCAGGGGCAAAGCCAGACAAGCGCAACAGUUCCUACAGUAACUGUCACUCCGUUAAACCCCAGCUGCCCAGGUAGCCCUUUUCUUGAUCGGUUAUUGGCACCAAAUCAGGGCUCGCCAUAUAACACCAUCGAUUCAAACAUGCUCGUAAGUUCCUGGAGUAAUGGUGCUCCUGCUGCAUCUUCUCAAAUUAUUAGAACCGCCACUCCCACUCUCCAGAAGAAUCAGUAUUGGGUAUGAUCUUCCCCAAACCAACUCUUAGCUCUAUGUGUCAGAGAAUAUUGUAUAACAGAGUAAAAUGUGGUCGUAUACUUGAUGAGGCUGAGUAGGGAUUUCUUUCACAACUUCACCUUGUAGUAUAAAAAACAACUUUAUUAUAAGUUGAACAUUGUUUUGUAUACUACAAGUGUUGCUGGGGUUUUGACCUCUUCAUACUUGAUGAGGCUGCAAUUAAUUAUGACCUAUAACAAAUAAUUAGCUUAAAGCUACAUCAAUCAAUAUUUGUGUUUUAUAUUGAAUUGACAACAAAUGACUGAAUGAGUGUUACGUGAAAGAUAUUGCUCAUAGUGACAAACUCACAGUGUGUUAUCUGCCAACUCUGCAGCUUUAUGAUACAUUUUAGCUUCUUUUAGCUUGUUGUUUUGGUUUUAUGGUACAUUUUCUGUAUAUUUCAGUCUGGGAGGCACCAAAAAAGCCAUAAACAUACUAUUACCUGUCCAGCACCUAACGGGAACAGUUAGCUACAAGCUUGUGAAGAAAGUCAAAUGUUUACCAGCUGAAGACCAGGAUUUUUUUUUUUGUUGCUAGGAGGUGGUGUAGACCAAAUCAGAGCUAAAAGGCCAGUGAGUAUUGGACGUAAAUUCGCCAUGUGGCCAGAAUCACAACUAAUGCUGCUCCCUAUACGACGGCAAUUGUAUGCUAAUAACAACCAUAACAACUUCAUGGCCACAACACUAUAUUUAUGUCCGUUAGCUUGUUUUGGAGUUCUUCUGCCUCCUAGUGGCCUAAAAACAAUUAAUGCAGCUUUAAAGAUGGAUAAAGAAUACAACUAUUAAGUCCUUUUACGGUACAUUAAUUAACAUGAGGACAGCUUUGACUUCCCUGAGAGUCACACAAUCCAAUUAAACACUACUUUACAAUCCAACACCAACCACUGUUGUACAUUGGGUUGGUGGAACAAACUAUGUUCAUUUGAACAUUUGCAAAGCAGUUAUCAUUGUGGUAAGUUAUAACCUAUGUUUGGUGCCUAAUGUAUGUUAAAUCACUCACAUUGUUAUGUCUUCCUCAUGCACGUUGAAGUCUCUCCCGUUAUGGGUUAUGAUCAUCUGAGUGGAAGCUUCUAAUAACAGCUUGAAACUGUGAAUUACUAAGACUGACACUGGCACAGAGAUGUAUUGUCUAAGCAUUUCAAUUGAUUGUGCAGAUUUUAUAUUGUUAUUAUGUAUUAUAUAUUAUAGUAUAGCUUACAAUUUUUUGUAAACUCAGGUAUUUUGUCAUUUACUUCAUGUUACCUUUAUGAGGGUUGCAUGUAUCACCAAUAGUUGAGGUCUUUGUUUAAUGUUACAGGUUUGAAUAAUAUAAAAUUGAGGCAGAGGCUUCUCAGCAUGGCUGUAUAUUGAUAUGGGACAUAAAAAUGGCUGCUUCUGUGCCACUAAACAGUUUUUUUUAUUUAUAUGCCUGAUCAAAUCACACUGGUUAAAAUAUUAGCACUGUUUUUCGUAUGUUUUUUUAUUUUAUUGUGCAUAGUAUUUUUAUAUUCUCAACAAGCAUGUAUGAAAAAUCAAGGCACUGAUCCUAAAGAUUACACAAAUGCACACUGUAUUCUGCCCACCUUCACCUUAGUAAUUAAAAUUCAAAUAGUAUAAUUUUGUACUUAAUUCACAAGCUCCCCCAUGGCUGAAAAGAUGGUGGGUCGACCUACUUUUUGGGAGACUGAGCUGCUAAACUGAAAACACUCAUUACUCUAGGAAUGACGUUCUGGGGUGAGUCAUUUUAUAUUUUUGUAGAUUUUUGUAAAAAUUAAUUGGAUUAUUGUCAACAGGACAGGUUGUUAACCUGUUUGAGCAACAAUUUCACAAGAAACCAAGAAUUUCUUUGACUGAAAUGAGUGCCAAUAUUUACGUAUAUAGAUUAUUUAUCACUGUCUAACUUGUGUCCUUAAAUUCUUGACAUCAUCUGCUGUAGGCCUUUGGUGUUUGACACUUUAAGAAGUGUCUGCUGUAAAUGAAAGGUACUGUUCUGAUGUGUUCUGGCAAGCAAUGAGAGAAAAGAAACUGCUGUUACAGAAAACCACUGUAAAUUCUACUGUAUGUCAUUAAUUCAUUUUUUUUACUGAACAGAAGUGUUUAUCCAGUGUAUUCCAGUCUCAUCUGAAUGAUGUAACCUACUAUGUAAAAGUGUCAUAUUUAUUUAUACCAUAUUUUUAAUAAACCACAUUAAAAUGUU